UAAUCCUAUACCUUUGAUAUUAAGAAGAAUAAUCCGGUGGAAGGAAGGGGUUACUUCUUUCAUGCUAAAACCAGAGUUAAAUCUCCUAUAAAGUCACCCUCUUUAUAGCAACUAUUCAAGACAAAUCCUUCUUUGUAAGUCUAACAUAUCGGUUUCCCUUCUCUUUUUCUUCUUCUUUGUGGUAUCUAGUUUGUUUUUAAGCUAUAGAGGACGAAAUAUUUUGUGUUUAGCCUCUUUUCUAAAUUAUCAAUCUCUGCUUGCUGUAAAUACUUCAUUUUUUAUGAGAUAUAUGGCAGGGUUUUUAUGGGUUUUUUGUUUUCUUAUUGGGUAGGAGCAAAAGUUUAGAUUUUUUGGUGCUCUGUUCAAGAUAUUACCAUAUGGGCUAUUGAUUUUUCUUUUCACCUUUUUUUUUUUUGUGCUUUUUAAGUAUUAGAUUAUGUUUCUCUCUGCCUUGGCAUGAUAUUUAGUACCUUUAGAUUCCUCAAGUAGGUAUCUUUGAUAGGCCACAGUGGUGUACACAAAGAGCAAGAGUUAAAGUUGUUGUGGUUGAUGCAUAGGAAUUUAAGUUUGGAUCAUUCAGGAAGGGAUUUUAUCGGUGGCUUAUGAUAAAGUCUUGUGAGGAUUUUGUGUAAAGGGGAAACAUGAUUUUCUUUUAGGUGCUACUGUAAUUUUAGUUAUAAGAAUUCUUCGCUUGCUCUGUUGAGUGUGAACGAACAAGCAACCAAGUUGGCAUAGAUUCUUUGAAGUUUUGAUUGGAAUUUGGAUGUUUAAGUUGUUUGAUUCUAAGUAAAUCAAAUUGGGUGACAAAGAAUAGCUGGAAAUUUCAAGCUGAAACAAGAUCCAUUGGGUAGUCUUCAAGGAAUCUAGAUUGUUGUGUUUUCAGAUAAAGAUGCAAAGGGUUCGAUUAUCGUCCCAACAGGCACUUGUGCAUAAGCUAGGGGAUUCUCAGAUGACAUUAUCCCCAAAAUUCAGAUUAGCUGUGAUUCAAUCUUCAUUGUUGAACCCUUCAUCAGAGUUUGAGCUGUCACUUCAGGGAGAGCCCCUUAUUCCAGGCCUUCCUGAUGAUGUUGCCCUUAAUUGUCUCCUUCGGCUUCCAGUUGAGAGCCAUGCAGCUUGCAGAGCUGUAAGCAAGCGAUGGCAUCUUCUGCUUGGUAAUAAAGAGCGGUUUUUUACCCGAAGGAAGGAAUUAGGUUUCAAAGACCCUUGGCUCUUCGUGUUUGCCUUCCACAAAGGCACUGGGAAAAUUCAGUGGCAGGUUCUUGACCUUACCCACUUCUCUUGGCAUACUAUUCCAGCAAUGCCAUGCAAAGAUAAAGUUUGUCCCCAUGGCUUUAGGUGCGUUUCAAUUCCUUGCAAGGCUGCUCUCUUUGUUUGUGGGGGUAUGGUCUCUGAUGUGGAUUGCCCCCUUGACUUGGUGUUGAAGUAUGAGAUUCAAAAAAACCGUUGGACUGUGAUGAAUAAGAUGAUUACUGCUAGGUCAUUUUUUGCAAGUGGCAUGAUUAAUGGGUUGAUAUAUGUAGCUGGGGGAAACAGUGCAGAUCUUUUCGAGCUUGACUCAGCAGAGGUUUUGGAUCCAACAAAAGGGAGUUGGCAUCCAAUUGCAAGCAUGGGGACAAAUAUGGCAUCUUAUGAUUCUGCAGUUCUCAAUGGAAAGCUUCUUGUGACAGAAGGCUGGUUGUGGCCAUUCUUUGUCUCUCCAAGGGGUCAGGUUUAUGAUCCAAGAACUAAUAAUUGGGAGAGUAUGGCUGUGGGAUUGAGGGAAGGGUGGACUGGCUCAAGUGUGGUGGUAUAUGGGCACUUAUUUGUGGUUUCUGAGAUCGAAAGAAUGAAGCUUAAGGUUUAUGAUCCAGACAGUGAUUCCUGGGAAACGAUAGAAGGUCCCCCAUUACCGGAGCAGAUAUGCAAACCUUUUGCUGUCAAUGCAUGUGAUAACAGAAUUUAUGUUGUGGGUCGCAACCUUCAUGUAGCUGUAGGCUAUAUCUCAAGCCUGAAUCGAACAAGCAGCUCUGAGAAGAAGCAGAGCUUCAGUGUUCGGUGGCAUGUUGUUGAUGCCCCAGAACGUUUAUCCGACUUGACACCCUCAAGUUCUCAGGUUCUGUUUGCUUAGCUUCUGAAGUAUUCAAUGUUCUGUCUUCUAUCUUGUUAAAUAAAAUGUAAUUCUACAAAAUUACAAAGGCUGUAGAGUUGUAAUGACUUUGUGUUAUUGUAACAAAUGUAUUAACCAUAGUUCUUUCUUCUUUUUUUUUUUAAAUCUUCUCUGUAUCUCUUUGUAAUUGAUCGGAUAUGUUCUAAUUAUCAUGACUUCAAUCAAAGAUGUCUUCCUGUUGUUCUUGUA